GGGAUCAGUGUCUUUGUCUGCCCUUAAACUACAAGGCACCCCAUUCAUGACCAACAAAAUCAAGAGAGAGAAAGAGAGUGUUUAUGUGUGUGUGUGUUUAAAUCUUGCACUUUGCUUUGGAACAAAUUAUCUCUAAUUUAAUUUCCUCAUAACCUUUCCCCUUCCCCAUCUUCAUUAACUAGCUCCACAAUUCAUGCACCAAACAGUUGUACCCCAAACUACAGACCUUGUACCAUUUCUCAAGAAACAAACAUGGAUGCCAUGAAUAACUGGUUAGGGUUCUCUCUCUCGUCAAAUCAAGAUUACCACCCACAAAACUCAUCAGUUUCUGAACUAGGGUUUCACUCAGAUCAUGAACAAAUGUCGACCCAUGAAUGCUUUGCAAUUGAUCUCACACCUCCUUCCAUUUUCGAAGCUUUCAACACAAACCCUCCAUCUCAAGAUUGGAAUGUGAAUGAUGAUAGCCGCAUCAACUCCUUCUCAUGCAACCAAAAUCAAGAAACUCCAAAACUUGAGAAUUUUCUUGAAGUUGGAGGCCAAUCUUUUGCUGUUGAUCAUCACAGCAUGAUUGAUGGAGGCAGCAGCCACAACAUGGGCCUCUCCAUGAUCAAGAACUGGCUGAGAAGCCACGCUACGCCGGCGCCUGCAGCUGAUGACAAGCCAGUUGAUGAGGCGCCGCCGGAGCCAUCUCGCGGCCACACGCUGUCUCUCUCCAUGAGCACUAGCUCGCAGUCAUCAGACAACAAAUUGUGUGGCGGCGGUGGUGGGGCAGUUGAAUCUGUGCCUAGGAAAUCUAUAGAAACAUUUGGACAAAGAACCUCAAUAUAUCGUGGUGUAACAAGGCAUAGAUGGACUGGGAGAUACGAAGCACAUUUAUGGGAUAAUAGUUGCAGGAGAGAGGGGCAAACUCGGAAAGGAAGGCAAGUUUAUUUGGGAGGUUAUGACAAGGAAGAAAAGGCUGCUAGAGCUUAUGAUUUAGCUGCCUUGAAAUAUUGGGGAACCACCACCACUACAAAUUUACCUAUUAGCAAUUAUGAGACAGAACUGGAGGAAAUGAAGCACAUGACAAGGCAGGAAUAUGUAGCAUCACUUAGAAGAAAAAGCACUGGCUUUUCUCGGGGCGCAUCGAUUUACCGAGGCGUUACAAGACAUCACCAGCAUGGAAGAUGGCAAGCAAGGAUAGGAAGAGUCGCAGGGAACAAAGACCUUUACUUAGGAACUUUCAGCACACAAGAGGAGGCGGCUGAAGCAUACGACGUGGCGGCCAUCAAGUUCCGGGGGCUGAAUGCGGUGACCAACUUUGAGACGAGCCGGUAUGACGUGCGGGGCAUUAUGGAGAGCAUAAAGCUCCCCAUCCCCAUGGGAAAGCGCCUAAAGGAAGCCGAGAAAGGUGAUAUGAGCUUGCAAAUGCAUCAAGGCUGUAAUAGUUUCGGCUUGGAGCAAGGCAGCAUGUACCCGUAUCAAAGAAUGUGGUGCAAACAAGAGCAAGACUCUGAUGUGGGAUUCAAUGAUGAGGCUCUCUUGCAGGCCUCAAUGUUGCAGCUCAACAAUCCCAAUCUCAAUGCAGCAGCAGCAGCUUGUGAUGGUUUUGGAUUCGAGGGCGUGUUUGGAUCGUCCACGGAUGCUUAUAGGAGUUUGUAUUAUCAAUCCCAACAAUUGUCCAGCAUGUGGAACGCCACCUGAUGCCACAUUGAACAAACUAUGGAUUUGUUUGUUUUGGGCUGGAGUUCAUUUAUAGCCAGUUCAUUAAAUCUCGUUUCAAUGAGAUGACUGGCUAUGAAUUUUGGGAACUUUGGCUCGGUAUGUAUGUUUUUGUUUAGGAAAAAAGAAAAACAAGUAAUAUAAUAUUAUGUUUGAUUUUGUCAUUUUCAA